GCCGACCUAACUGUCGCCGCCAAAAUAUCUGACGUUACACAGGCAUAACCGUCGUCGGCCAGCACACAGAGGAUCCAUUCUCUGUUUGGUAUCCGGAGGCGAAGCAUCAUCCGUUAUUCCUGUUCAAGUAAAGUUUCAAUAACUCGCUCUAAAACAUGUCAGGACGUGGCAAGGGUGGAAAGACCAAGGGAAAGGCGAAGACCCGCAGCAGUAGGGCAGGGCUACAGUUCCCGGUCGGCAGAAUCCAUCGUCUUUUGAGAAAAGGAAAUUAUGCGGAACGAGUCGGAGCUGGUGCACCAGUCUACUUGGCAGCCGUUAUGGAAUAUCUGGCUGCCGAAGUUCUCGAGUUAGCCGGGAACGCCGCAAGAGAUAACAAGAAGACGAGGAUAAUCCCACGUCACUUGCAAUUGGCCAUCCGUAAUGACGAAGAGUUAAACAAACUGCUCUCAGGCGUUACCAUUGCUCAAGGCGGUGUCCUGCCCAACAUUCAAGCUGUGCUCCUGCCGAAGAAGACCGGCACUGGAGGAUCCGGAAAGGGAGACAAAGCUUCCCAGGAAUAUUAAUAAUUUUUAGAAUAACCUUUCUAACUUAAACAGUACUUUAGGACUAUAACUUUGUUUCUUCACCUAUAAGAAAAAGUAUGAAAAUAUCUAAAACUUACAAAUCACUAUUCCAAUAACAUACAUUUUGACUUUAUUUUAAACAGUAGUGCAGUCUACUGUGCUAUUGUCAAACUUCAUAUUGUUCAAUUAAAAUGUUUUGUUGCAUUAUUAUUUAAUGGCUGUUUUACGUUUUGAAUUUACAUAGAAUUAACUGACAUCAUGUGUAUCCGUUCCUUUACGAAUUUGAAUUUUGAGAAAAAAAUAAGACCAGCGGCGUAUUGAAUGUUUUUGUUGACUGUAAACUAUAUCUAGAGUGAAAAUAAACCAUCAUUACUCUUCACUUUAAAAUAA